CAUCUGCACACACCUUCGAGGCCUGUGAUCGAGAAGAGGAAAACGCAAAGCAGAAGUUAGCAGAUGCUGAUGGAGAUGGCGAGCAAAGCUAAGCAUAACGCGAAUGCGAAGAUGUCUCUGGAUGAUUACCUCCUCCUCAUCCAGUCUCGCUCCCACCUCCACCUCACCGUCAGCCAUCUCAAUCAGAUUAUCAGCAUGCACGGCUACAAGAAGAUCCACAAAGUUCACAAGAAGCUUCUAAGCGACGCCGUGAACUCACUGCAGCUGGUGAACCCGUGCCGCUCGACUCUCAAGGACUACAUCUCGCCGUUGGUGACGAUGAAGAUGGAGGACGUCUUCGCCGACCUCACCGACCUCAACUGGCAAGACUGUUGCAUCACCUCAAUCGAAACCCUCAGUUCAUGGGAGGACCAGUCCCCUCCUCGCCGAAACGGCGCCGUCCAGUUCCAACACUACUCGCCGUCCACCGCAGCCCACAGCGUGAUCGUUUCUGCUCCCGGACCGACCAAGAAGAGAUCGGCGCGGAAGAGGAAGCGGACUGCUAAAGUGGCCGAUCUGGUAAAUUUCGCCUAAGCCUAGGGGUAUUUCCGUCUAUUAGUUUUUUCAAGAGUAGUGCGUGUCGAGGGUAUUUCGGUCCUUUCGCCAUUAGCAACGAGUUCGUGGUGUAACAACUGGAAUCUUUUUAGUUUUUGGGCACUGGAUUUUCAUUACAAAACUGAUUUGGUAUUUGCUUA